UUUGAUCAUAUGGCCAAUCAAGAUAUUGAUAAAAAAAAUUUAAAACAAUGCUUACAAUUAUUAAUUACUGUUGUUUCAAAUACAAUCAAUAUACUUGAACGACAAACAAAUCAAUCAAAUGAAAAACAUAUAUUAAAUAAUCUUCAAAUAACAAUAAUAAAUCUAUUAGAUUGUAAUCUUUCAUCUUUAUCUUCUCAAUGUCGAAAUUAUCUUUUCAAUAUAUUAAAUCAAUAUAAUUAUAAUAUUGAAGAAAAUAUAUUUACAAUUGAAUUUACAAAAGAAAUAUUACAACCAUUUGUACAUAAUCUUCAAGGUAGAUUAUCUUUACUUGAUGCUUGUCAAGCAGCAUGGAAUGGAGAUCUAUCAUUUAUAGAAGAUUUUAUUAGAAAAUAUCCAACAUUAAUAAAUAAAUGUGGUCUUUAUGGAACAACACUUUUAUAUUCUGCAGCAAGAAAUAAUCAUUUUGAUUUAGUUAAAUAUCUUAUUGAAACAAGUAACUGUUCAGUUAAUGUAAAAAAUGAAGAUUAUUCUGAAAAAAGUGAAGAAUCAAAAUUAAAAGCAUCUACAGGUUCAACACCAUUACAUGUUGCUUGUUUUUAUGGACAUUUACAAAUUGUAAAAUAUUUAAUAGAAAAUGGAGCUGAUUAUUUUAUAUUAAAUAAUAUAGAUGAAACUCCAAUUCAAAAUGGACAAUCCAAUAAAAAUAUUCAAAAAUUUUUUGAUGAUUUUCUUUUAUUUGGUUAUUCAAAAAAAUUAGAUAAACUACCAAAUAAAACAAUUCUUGAAGAAAUUAAACAAAAUAUAGAAGUUAUCGAUUGUAUUUGGGAAUAUAAACCAUUUUCUCAAGAUCAAUGGUUACCAGUUUCAUCAGAACUAUCAGUACAACUUCAACAAUCUUUAAUUAUUAAGUCUGAUGAAACAUUUAAAACUGAAAUCGUUUUAAAAACAUCAAAAGAUAUUUAUCAUGUUUCAAUUGCACAAUUUUUAUAUUCUAUUAUAAAUGAUAAUCAAACAGAAAAUUUUACUUGGAUUCGUUGUCGAGGUUCAUCUCUACUCAAUUUUCAUUGUUACUCACAAUGGCAAAUUAUGUUUAUUAAACAUCCAAUAGGUAUAACAAAUAAUUCAACAUCAAUAGAAAUAUUUGAUAUGACAAAAAAUAAAAUACAAUUUAAUUCAUGGUAUAAUUCUAAUAUAAAAAUUAAUUUUUUAUUGGAAAGAGCAAUGAAUUAUCGACAAAAAUAUAUAACUAUCAAUUUAAAUUUUAUUAACAAUGAAAAAAUUAUAUUUGAUCUUGAAAAUUUUACAUUUACUAAUCAACAAAAUACAAUUCAAGGUUUUUUAAGAUGGAUACCAAAAAUAAUACUCAAUAAUAAUAAAUUAACAAUUGUUGAUAAUUUUCAAUUACCUACUGAUUUAGAUUUAAUAUUACUUACUGUACCGUAUUUAAAUCAAGUGAAACUUAAUGAAACUAUUUCAAAAGAUGAAAUGAAUCAAUAUGACUUGAAAUUUGGAAGUAUUUUUGAUAAAAAAAUUUUAAAUUCUCAAGAUCAGCAAUCAACAUGUGAAAAAAAAUUGAAGAUUUUAGUAAAUGUUAUUCGAGGUGAUAUCAUAAAUGAACAAAGUGAUGUUAUUGUAAUAUGUUCUUUAUCAAAAAAUUUAGUUGAAACUGUUCUUGUAGCAGGUGGAGAUUCUCUACGAAAAUUAUUUAAAAUGAAAAUAAAAGAAAUUCAUAAAAGUUGUAUUGUUAGUGUUACUACAGAUGGUAGACUUCCAUCAAAAGCAAUUUAUUUUGUUCUAUGGGAACCUAAUUCUGAUCCUAAUAUACUUUGUCAGUCAAUACGAAAAUUAGUUUCAAAUGUUAUAGAAAAAGCAAUAAAUGAAAAUUAUAAAAGUAUUGCAUUUCCAGCUAUUGGUUGUGGUGAAUAUGGAUGUUCAAUUCAACUUAUUGCUGAAACAUUUAUUGAAGAAAUUCAUGAACAGUUAAUUGAAUAUUCGAUGAAAAUUUUAUUUAUAAUUCAACCAAAUAGAAUAGAUAUUUAUAAUGAAUUUCAAAAACAACUUAAUAUAUUUCAAUCACAACAAACUUCAACAUCACAAUCAAUCUCAAUAAUGAUUGGAGAAGGAAAAAUUGAAAUUGAACAAGGAGAUAUUAUAGAACAAAAUGUCGAUGUUAUUAUAGGAAGUUCAUCAUCAGAAAAUUUAAGACAAGCUUUAAUAAAAUCUGCAGGAUAUGAAGUUGAACAUGCUUAUAAUCAAGCUUAUGAAGAUAAUUCAAAUUCAUUAAUUUUUUCAACUCCAUCAGGUCAAUUACCUUGUAAAGAAAUUUUUUUUAUCAAAUGGAAACCAAAUAAAGAUCCUGAAAUUCUUCGACAAUCAAUAAUUGAUCUUAUAUCGAAUGUUAUGCAAAAUGUUAUAUCAUGUAAUUAUACUUCAAUUGCAUUUCCAGCUAUUGGAUGUGGAAAACAUGCUUGUUCUGUUGAUAUUGUUGUUAAAACAAUGAUUAGAGAAGUAAAAAAACAAAUACAAACAAGAAAAUUAUCAUGUUUAGUUAAAUUUAUUAUUGAAUCUAAUCAACAAAAUAUUUAUGAUGAAUUUUGUAAACAACUUUUUUCAUCAAAUUUUCCUACAUCAAUGGAAUUUCAUUUACCUGCAACAUGGCAAAUAUCAAAAGAAAAUAAAAAAAGACACAUUGUAUCUAAAGAUACUGAUGAAUAUAAAUCUAUUUUUAACCAAUUCGAUGAAGCCAUGAAAAAAGGAUAUAAAAAAAUUAUAAAAAUUGAACGAAUUCAAAAUGAACGAUGGUUUAUGCAAUAUA